GCCAAAGAAGACUAAAACCUGCGUAACCUUUUUAAAGAAAAGUGCAAGUUUGUCGCCACAGCCCUGACGCUCAAAUAUCCAGACGGACUUGCGCUGGAUCAAGAUGCACGGAGAAAGACGCAAGAUGUGGAGGCGGAGGAGAGAGCGACAAAACUUAUAACUUCUUUCCCUUGAGACUGGAAAAGUAGCAGUAUCCAAAGAGACGUGGUUGGAUAUUCAAGAGGUUGCCGGAACUAUCAGAUAAACUCGCUACUGACCCCAAAAAUAUUAUUGGUGCAAUGGAAGGAGUCACAAGUUCAUGGUCAGUCCCUCGCUGGAUGCUGGUCAGCCUCUUCCUGAUCACAUGGAUUCAUCUAACGACAGGCAAGUGCCAACACUACGGUCACGCUUGUCUGGGAGCUCAUGGAAAGAAACGAGCUGGAGGAACUUUGACGAUGGAAUCAGUUCCGCUGUCUUCCCGAAUUCUUCAUUCUCUACCGGAUUCAUCCGAAGGAAUCAUGGCGGCCGUCGACCCAGGCCGCCAUUCCGUCACUCGUGCUCGUGAUUUGAUCAAACGACACUUGCCCCCUCGAUUCAUUUUCAACAUGUUGAAGUCGCGAUUCAAGGAAGACUAGUUUUCCACAAACUCAAUGGUUGCUUUCACAUUCCCAUUCAUGCCCGAUGCAGAAUAGGACAAUAAUAAUCGUUCAUGCUGCUACCCGAUUCGAGUUGACUUUUGGCUGGAAUUUGAGCUCAUUAUAUACCUUUCAUGUAAAGAUUCAAUUUAGAAAACUCAAUCAAUCGUCCUGUACUGUUUCCCUGUCGUAUUAUAAUUUUCACAAAAAUAGUCAUAAUCGAGAAUAUUACCUUCUUCCAAACGGAUUAUGGGACUUGAUGCAUUUCAGUUGGUUCAACGUGCUCAGGCCGCUAUAUAACUCGGUUCCGCCAUUAAAUUCACCUAGAAAAUGUAACAAAUGCAUGCUUGAAUUUUACGUCAUUUAAAAGCAGACCACAAUAAACAAAACACUGUUAAGAAUCAAAA